CUUUCCACGUCAUACGACGGAACCUCCUGGAGCCUUCCAAUCUCUCCCAUGUCCCUCUAGAACUUUCUCCUUUUUCUACGUCGCCCCAACACUAUAAAUCACCGAAAGCACCUAACCUUUUUUCUCAUAGAAGUUCGUUCGAUUCCAUUUCAAAAGUUAUACAAAAACUUGUCUAGCAUUUCUUGUGUCAGUGACGAAACCAGCCAACUUAGAAGAGAGAAAUGGAUUUCAGAAUCAUGGAUGUGGAUUCUCCACUGUUCUCAACCCUGAAGCAGAUGAUGGACCUGGCCGAUGACACCGACAAGUCUUCGUUCAACGCUCCUACACGCACCUACUUGCGCGACGCCAAGGCCAUGGCCGCCACUCCCGCCGAUGUCAAGGAGUAUCCAAGCUCCUACGUCUUCAUCAUAGACAUGCCGGGGCUCAAGUCCGGGGAUAUCAAGGUCCAGGUAGAGGAGGACAAUGUGCUCGUGAUAAGCGGUGAGAGGAAACGGGAGGAGGAGAAAGAGGGAGCCAAGUAUGUGAGGAUGGAGAGGAGGGUGGGCAAGUUCAUGAGGAAGUUUGUGCUGCCUGAGAAUGCCAACGCAGAUGCUAUCUCUGUGGUUUGCCAGGAUGGCGUGUUGACUGUGACAGUGGGGAAGCUUCCGCCUCCAGAGCCCAAGAAGCCCAAGAAAAUUGAGGUUAAGAUUGCAUAAGCACAGUGGUUGGUGAUGGGUCUUGGGUGACUCGAUGGGGUUUGCCCAUUUAGUUGGAUUAUGGGAAUAAUCGAGUAUUUUGUCCUUCGUGUGUUCUGUUCAUUGCUUGCAAGUGGAUUUUGUCUUUUAUCGUUGUGCCUUCGGUUUGUGUUAAGAAAACUGUUCUGUUCUUACCAAUGAGGAAUACGCAAUGUACUAUGAUAUUGUAGUGCCAACAACCAAAUUCCUUCAGAAGCAGGGGCUGCUCUGUUCAUUUGUUAAUGCGACGUGUUUAGCUGCUC